GAUCAUGUUAGACUCUGGUUAUGAUGCUUACCAACUUCCUGUUGUUCCUAGGGCUUAUAGAUCACCCAGGGUGCGUCCAACAAGGUUUCCUCUUCUUCCACAAGUUACAUACGAUCGACUUACUCGAUCGUGUAUCCCCUUUUUUUUUCAGGGACGCAGGCAAAUAUAUAAGAAAAAACAUAGAUCCGACUUUGAGGUUUUAGCACAAGUGGCCGGAAAACUCUCAGGUGAUCGCAAGGCCUAUGAAACAAAGGAGACAAAAGACGAUUUCGCCGUCAAUAACUUUUUAGAGACAAUGGAAGUUGAGGUUAAGCCUCAACCUUGUGAUCGAGAGAAACCUUCUUCUCAUGUGUUAUUGUCUAAGGACUGGUUAGCUCUUGGUCCUUCCAGUUCUAGCUCUCCAAUCACACAAGAAGUAGAAAACUCCAAUAUCGACGGGAAAAGAAAGAUGUGCUCCACGAAAGAGAGAGGUUGUAGCAGCCAAGAGUCGCAGAAUCUGUAUCCCUUGAAGAAAAGAAAGUUGUUUUACCAAAAUCAUCGACAUGAAUCACGUGAUGCUCCGUGUACCGUCAAAUUUGGUAUCAAAUCGUUGAAAAUCUCGGAGCUAUUGGUGGACAUUCCCGAUUCAGCCACGGUAGGGUCACUUAAAGUAGCUGUAUUGGAGGCGGUUAAACGGAUUCUUAAGGAUGGACUAAAUAUUGGAGUGCUUCUUCGAGGUAAAACCAUCGUUGAUGACUCCAAAACGCUUCUUCAGAUUGGGAUCCCUCGUGAUGAUGAUGACAACAACCACAACCUCAGCUCUUUGGGAUUCACGCUAGAACCGCGGAAAUCAGAAACAACAGCUAUAACCGCUGUUUCUCCGAAAACGCGACUUAGGAUUCCGGGGUCCAUGGAGAGUACUAAAACGGUGGUAGCUAAACCUGUGGUACCGGUUCGCAUGAAACCGGCCUCGCAGCUAGAGAUGGUUCAACGCAGAAUCAGACGGCCAUUCACGGUCUCAGAAGUAGAAGCAUUGGUUCAGGCCGUAGAAAGGCUCGGCACCGGAAGGUGGCGCGACGUUAAGUCUCAUGCAUUUGACCAUGCAAAUCAUCGAACUUACGUUGACCUCAAGGAUAAAUGGAAAACAUUGGUUCACACGGCAAAGAUAUCAGCAAGGCAAAGGAGAGGCGAACCUGUGCCUCAAGACCUUCUUGAUAGAGUUUUAGUCGCUCACGCUUUCUGGUCUGACCGGACCGGA